GCGAGGAGGAUGUGGCUCGGUGAGGGAAGCUGGUUUGAUAUCUAACUAAACAUCUAUGUAUCAGGAAAACAAACGGCCGUGUCCGUGCGGGACUCGACGUGUAGUUGACACUCGGCGGUGAGUCGCGUUCGCAGCCAGCGACAAGACGCGACGUGCUAUUUCCGCGUCUGACGACUGACUGGAUGAUCAAAUGUUAAAACUCUGGAGGGAAGUUUUGAUCCAGCGACGACUGUUUCUGAGGUUCUGCCGCGGAACGUGAGGUUAAAAGUACCCGUUAAAAGGCGGUUUUGCUUCAGAAGCGUGAGAGGUGAUACGCGCGGCGAAACUGAUACAUGGUCCACUUCAGCUGAGUGUAGCGUUGUCUUCCUGCUGCCGCGAUAUAUAACUCUAAAUUACAACGAUUCUAUCCAUUAAUGAAUGAGUUGUUUAUCCUGCCAUUUAUGUUUAUGAUCUAAACCUCGAGAAUUUAUGUUCCACGAUAAGAACGUCGGCAAUUUUACAAAUACUUCAAAUACCACCUAUGUCAUGAUGAUGAAAUAGAUCAUAUUUUCCAUAAAUCAUGUGAAGACAAAGAGUAAUACUGCCGUAGAGCAGCAGGUGAGUGGACACAAAGAGGCAAAGGUAAACAUGGCAAACCAUAUACAACAAUUGCAUCAUGUUCUAAUGUUAUUUUUAGGUCACUGGAGUCCAAAAACUGGAACAUAUUCUGUCGUCAUCACAAGGAGUUUGAGACAAGUCUGCGAUUCAUUGAAGCACUGACAAAAAACCCCCACUAGUCAUGUGUAUUCACAAUGAACCCUGUGUUCUCCAGUGUAACCAUAACAAAUCAUUCAACACUGUCGGGUGUUAGCAGAUAGAACUUGAUGUUUCACUUUGUACUGCCUUCUUCCAUUCAUCCAGCCCAGAAAUGGCUUGUAAAGUCUAUCUCUAUUAAUACACUGAACCAGCCAGAUAUCAAAAGUGCACGCCCUGGGAUUGGUCUGCUGUUUAUCUUACAAGUCAACACCUUCAUUUGACAAUACAACACGAAAGAUGGCAGUGAUCUGUGUGUUGACACUGAAUUGAAUUAUGUCAAAGAUGUUGAAAACACUUUAUUUUAUAAGAAGAAAUACAUAUAUUAAGACAGGAUUAAAUAAUGUUUUCACACCGAAAUAAGGUAAUAAAAUAAGAUAAGGAACCUUCAAGAAAUGAAAUUUGCCUUCUGAACUAGUCACAAUAAUCUGCACCUUAGUAAGUUUAUAUUACUAAGAAAACAACCAUCUGCAUUUCUACUAUUCUCUACUCCCGCGAGUUGACCUUUGACCCCUCAGAUAAGACAUUGUCAAAGCUGAGAUCAUCAUGUUGAUGUGCUUUUCUCAUGACUGAGUUGUGUUCGCAGAGGUUAAAGUACUCUGAAGACAGCAGGCGAGAGCGUCGACCUGGUCUGUCCAACAUGGAUCACAAGCUGGUGUUCACCACACUAGAGUCUGUCUGCGAGGCCAACAUUUCAGCUCUAAGUGGAGCCGCCGGCGAUUUGCCGUCCGGGGCUGUCGCCAAGCGCUUGGUCACUUGUCUGAAAGAGAUUCAGCAGCACGGCAGGGCGCUGGAGCCGGUGGUGGCCGGCCUCUCCCUGGUGUUUCAUCACUAUGACUUCGACGAACAAACGCCGGGGAAUGGUUACCGCACUCUGGUCAAGGUGCUGCUGUCUUGCCUUCUCCACAUCAUCCAGAAGGGGCGCUACAUUGCGUCCAAUCACACUGGUGCCUUCUUCCGGGGCGACCAUAAUGCGUGCGAGCUGGAGGCGUACUGCAGCGCCCUCUGCCAGCUGCGUGCGCUGCUCUACCUGGCGCAGCGACUCAUCAACGACAACGCCUGCGGCCAGCUCUACUCCCUAGAAGACGGCGAGCUGAGUCGCAAGUUGGUGCAGGAGUACAGCUCCAUGCACAAGGGAUGUUUCUACGGCAGAUGCUUGGGCUUUCAGUUCUCUCCAUCGCUUCGGCCGUUUCUCCAAACUGUAGUUAUCAGCAUGAUAUCGUACGGCGAGACGUACGGUAAACAACAGUCGGGCCUCGGUCUGGCUGCUCUCUCUCUCCUCACGUCGGGAAAAUACCUCAUUGACCCGGAGCUGCGUGGCACAGAGUUCGAACGCAUCACGCAGAACUUGGACAUGCAAUUCUGGAAGUCCUUCUGGAACCUCACCGAGUCUGGGCUAAUGACAGGCUUCAGCAGAAUUACCUCAAACCCAGUGGAAGUCAACCUGACCCUGACCAUCCCUCCGGUCACCCUGUCCCUCCCUCUGGCCUCAGACCCCAGCGUGUCUGCUGCUGUGUCUCCCCCUGUCGCUCACUGGGGCCCGGGGCCGGUCCAUGUUCGUCUCAUCUCGUGUCGGGUUCGGGAAGGACAGGACAGCGAGGAGCUGUUGUCCUUCUCUCGCACUGACCCUCCGUCUAUAUCCUCCUCUCAACUCCCCUGGGUGCACAAGCAAGCUCGCUCGCCGUGGCUGCUCAUCCACUUCCACGGAGGAGGAUUCGUGGCUCAGACAUCCAAGUCUCACGAGAACUACCUGAGGAGCUGGUCGAAGGAACUGGACGUCCCUGUUCUCUCCGUGGACUAUUCUCUGUCGCCGGAAGCUCCGUUUCCCAGAGCUCUGGAGGAGUGUUUCUACGCCUACUGCUGGGCUCUUAGCAACUGCCACAUGCUGGGUUCCACUGCGGAGCGGGUGUGUUUGGCGGGCGACAGCGCCGGAGGAAACCUCUGCAUCACAGUCUCCAUGAAGGCCCUCUGUAACGGCAUCAGGGUUCCUGACGGCAUCAUGGCCGCCUAUCCCGCAACCUUGCUCACCACUGAUGCCUCGCCCUCCCGGCUCCUCACACUCAUCGACCCGCUGUUGCCGUUGGGUGUUCUCACAAAGUGUAUUAACGCCUAUGCUGGUACGGAGUCACAGCGGGACCAGCCGGUCCUCAGCACCAGCACCCUGCGCUCCAUGGGCCGAGACACGGCCAUGCUGCUCAGCGACCUCACCCAGGGAGCCUCCAACUGGAUCCACUCCUUCCUGGACCCGACGCGAGCCAGCGGAGCGGCGCGUCCUCUCUCGUCGACGCGGAGAUGGACCGAAGCGUCGCAGAAUUCCAGCGUCACCUCGGCUGAAAAUGAGGAAGACUUCGUGGAUUACCCGGAGGACUUCAAGCCUUUGCGAUCAGAGUGUUGGGCGUCGGUUAACCCCACAGCCUGCCCCAUCAUCAAGAACCCAUUUGUGUCGCCGCUGCUGGCUCCCAACAACCUGCUGAAGGGUCUGCCGCCUGUGCACAUCGUGGCCUCAGCGCUGGACGCGCUACUGGACGACUCGGUGAUGUUUGCCAAGAAGCUGAGGAGCAUGGGUCAGCCUGUGAGUCUGACGGUGGUGGAGGGCCUGCCGCACGGAUUCCUCAGCCUGUCGCAGCUCUCCAGGGAGACGGAGUUCGCUACGGAGGUCUGCCUGGAGCGGAUGAGGGACAUCUUCAGGAACCCACCAGCCUCGCGACAGAAACACACCUAAGUUGUCGUUGUUUCUUCAGGUGGUCGAAGAAAGGAAGGACAGUUAAGGUUUACUCAUCCGGGUGAGGUGCUUUGCGUUCGAGGUAGCUUUGUCGCUGUUGUUUACAAGAUACUGUAUUGAGUCUAGCAAACACGUUUAGAUCCAUUGUUUUGGAGAGAUGGCUUUUGUCAGUUUGAACACCCCAAAUGAUUUGGCAUCAUAAAACUAGAAGGACAUAGAGAGUGCAGACCUCUGCCAAGCCGCUCGCUCUCUCCUAACAACAUGCUUUGACAUUCCUUUUAUCUAUAUAAUUAGAUACCUUUCCGGCAUUUGAAAUCGUAUUGAUGUCACAUACAGUAUAUAUAGACUGAGUGGAAAAGUUUUGUAUUACUUAUACGGAAUUUGCGGGAAAUUUUAUGUGCAAUAACAGAUCCAAUGCUAUUUUCCCGUCUAUCUUGUCUGCUAUUUUAAACAGAAAGGUUUCAUAAAUCUGCUUGUAUUCUCGGUUGCAGACAACUUUUCUGACUUUAUCUAAAUCCAACAUGUGUGAGGUUGUGUGCCUUGAAACUGCACUGUUAUUGUCGUCAUGUUCUUCAGGGUGGUCAAAUGUUUACACCAAGAGGCCUUCAUUUCAUAUCUGUUGAUGUGGAUGUCACUGUGCAACAAAAGGAUUCUGCAAAUAUUCUGACAUUUUAAAGUUAA